CCAAGCUCUAGAACAAUCAAGCAAUCAAGAUCCUUCUACAGUAAAGAAAGCAGACGGACAGAUGGGAACCAGACAUCACAGUGAGAAUCAUAGCACAGCAUCUACGUCAAGACCAGUUAUAGAUCUCCUGAAAAAUGCACGCUAUAUUGAGACACAGACAGACAGAUGGGAAGAUAACAGUAACCCUAUUGUUAAAGUUGCCAAAACCAUGGCAACCCAAAUCAAACACAUGACCCAAUAUGUGAGACGUGAAGGUCCAAUUAAUAAUCACCUUGCAUUGGUAGAGACUGCAAAAGCUCUGGCUGAGAAUAGCGACAGGUUCUGCACUUUGCCAUUUUUUAAUCAACCAUUGUAUUGA